AAUAAAAAGAGAAAAAAAUUCCACUCUGUCUGUCACAGAAGAUACGCACGCAACUAAAUUCGCCACCACGACAGAAUAAAGAUGGUAAACAUUCCAUUUCCAUCUAUGUUCCUUCUCAAAACCCUAGAAUCAAAUCAACCAUGCCCAAAUUUUAAAGCAGCAAAUUCCUUAGAAUUAGUUCCACACACUUUACCCCUCUCUUCUCUCAUACAGAAGAAAAAAAACCCAAUUUCUUACACAGCGGAAAUUACGAUGUGUGCAAGAAGAUAAACGAUGACAACCCCAACACCACCACCACCAUCAACAACGAAGCUGAUCAGAAAAUUAAUUAUCGAAUUAAGUGAUGCAAGAAAUUUGUUACCAAAAGAUGGACAAGGAAAUUCAAGUCCAUAUGUUGAGAUUGAUUUUGGUGGAGAAAGGAAAAGAAGCAAAACGAUCCAUAGAGAUUUGAAUCCAGCUUGGCAUGAACAAAUCGAGUUUUUAGUAAUGGAUUUGCACAACAUGGAUUACUCAGUACUUGAAAUCGAAGUGUUUACUGAUAAUAAUAACAAUAAGAAACAAUUCUUAGGGAGAGUUAAGAUUUAUGGAACUCGGUUUCAAAGAUUUGGUGAGGAAGGUUUGGUUUACUUUCCAUUAGAGAAGAAAAGUGUAUUCAGUUCUGUUCGUGGUGAAAUUGGUUUAAGAAUUGGUUACUUGGAUGAAGAAAUCUCAGUUGAUGAAGCCGGCGCCGUAGCAGAUGAUAAUAAUAAUGGUAGUAAUAAAGAAGCUGAUGAUAUUAAGAGAGUUGAUGAUCAAGAAAAAUCUCAAUUAGAGAUGCCUCAACCAACUGAAACUGCACAGGAAGCAGCUUCUUGUACUAUGGGGGUUGAUGAAUCUUCGUUUGUUCCGCCGCAGCAGAUGCACGAACAAAUGGAGGAGGUGGUGAUGAAUUUUUCCGUUCCAACUGAAACGCCGGUACAGGAAGUAAGGAAGAUGCAAACAACAGGGACUACGGAAAGGGUGAGGUAUUUUCAGAGACCGAGUACUAAUCUUGGGAUGGAUUAUCAGCCUAGGGUUAUAACUGGGAGAUUUUCCGGUGAAAUGGAACAAAAUAGUUCUACUAAUCAAGAAGCUUAUGAUCUUGUUGAACCAAUGCGGUACCUCUUUGUGAGGAUUGUAAAAGGUUGUAAUAUCCCUGUGAAUGAUAAUCCCUACGUUAAGAUUCGAUGUGGAAAUCAUUUUCUUAAAUCAAGACCUGCGCUAAUUCGCCAACAGACUGAUCAACAAGGUGGUUCUGAAGUGUUGGAGUGGAAUCAAACAUUUGCUUUGAGUCAAAACAGGCAACCAUUGGUUAAUUCUCCUACACUUGAAGUUUCUAUUUCUGAUGGGAAAACUAACCAAUUUCUUGGUGGAGUUUGUUUAGACUUAUCUGAAGUUCCUGUUCGCCGCGAUGCACGUCAGACAGAUUUUGCUCCAGAAUGGUAUAACCUCGAAGGUGGCAGUAAUGGGGAUGAGCAAGAGCGAAUUACAGGUAAAAUUCAAUUAGCUGUUUGGGUUGGAACUCAAGCUGAUAGUGCUUUUCCUUUGUCAUAUACUUCAGAAUCACCAUUUAUUGAUUAUACUAAACCCAAAGUUUAUCAGUCACCAAGACUUUGGUAUCUUCGAGUUACCAUAAUUGAAACUAGUCAUGAUCUUCAAAUUCGUUCACCGCCACAUUCUUUGCCCGAUAUUCGUGUUAAAGCUCAACUGGGGUUUCAGUUUGUACGUACUAGGAGAGGUAGUACUAAUAAUCACCAUAGUUCUUCAUUCUUUUGGAAUGAGGAUUUGAUCUUUGUUUCUAAAGAUCCUAAUCCUACUGACCCUUCCAGUGAUGAACAACUCAAAUUCUAUGUGGAAGACAGAUUGGGUAAAGAUACAGCACUACUUGGUGAAGUUUCUGUACCUCUCAGCUCCAUUCAUCCGCCACGUAUCGAUGAUCGCGACAUACCUUCCAGGUGGUUGUCAUUACGUGGUGGCGGUGGUUCUGGUGAUGCUGACAAUGGUGGCUCGUAUUCGGGCAGAAUUCAUGUCAGAUUAUGUUUCGAAGGUGGUUAUCAUGUGCUAGACGAAGCGGCGCAUGUGUGUAGUGAUUUUCAACCAACAGCAAAACAGCUAUGUAAACAACCAAUGGGAGUACUGGAGUUGGGUAUUCGUGGUGCAAGAGGUUUGUUACCCAUGAAAACCAGAGGUGGGGGGAAAGGAUCUACCGAUGCUUAUUGCGUUGCUAAAUAUGGGAAGAAAUGGUGUCGUACUAAAACCAUUGUGGACAGUUUUGAUCCCCGUUGGAAUGAGCAGUACAAAUGGGAAGUAUAUGAUCCCUGCACGGUUCUAACAAUUGGAGUAUUCGACAAUUGGCGUAUGUAUGGCGAUAUGGCAGAUAAACCUGAUUGCAGAAUCGGAAAAAUACGCAUUAGAGUAUCAACAUUGGAGAGUAACAAAGUUUAUACGAGUUCCUACCCUUUGUUGGUUCUCUUAAGAUCUGGUUUGAAGAAAAUGGGUGAGAUUGAAAUAGCAAUUCGGUUUGCUUGUCCGCAUUUUUUGCCUGAAACAUGCUCGGUCUAUGGUACACCACUGUUGCCAAAGCUGCAUUAUCUUCGCCCAAUUGGUUUAGGUCAGCAAGAAGCGCUACGGAGUGCUGCUACGAAAAUGGUGGCAAAACAUGUAGCAAACGCAGAACCACCAUUGAAUCCUGAAGUAGUACGGUAUAUGUUGGAUGCAGAUUCUCAUACGUGGAGUAUGCGGAAGAGUAAAGCAAACUGGUAUCGCAUUUUAUCCGUUUUAUCAUGGGCAAUUGGGUUCUGGAAAUGGGUUGAAGAUAUUCGACAAUGGAGGAAUCCUGUGACAACAUUAUUGGUACAUUUCUUAUAUUUGGUGUUGGUUUGGUAUCCAGAGAUGAUAGUACCAACUGGGUCACUGUACUUGUUCUUGAUUGGAGUUUGGUACUACAGAUUCAAGCCAAGAACACCAGCAGGAAUGGAUAUAAGGUUAUCACAGGCAGAACGACUUGAUCCGGACGAGUUGGAAGAAGAAUUGGAUACAUAUCCCAGUUCAUGCCCAAACGAAGUGAUUCGAAUGAGGUAUGAUAGGUUGAGAACAUUGGCAGGGAGGGUUCAGAAAGUGUUGGGAGAUUUUGCAGCUCAAGGAGAAAGAGUACAAGCAUUGCUAAGUUGGAGGGAUCCAAGAGCUACCAGGUUAUUUAUAGGGGUUCUUUUAAUCGUUGCAGUAAUACUCUAUGUUGUGCCACCGAAAAUGGUGGCGGUGGCACUCGGGUUUUAUCUUCUACGACAUCCAAUGUUCAGAGACCCAAUGCCCCCUGCUAGUUUGAACUUCUUUAGGAGGCUUCCUAGUUUAUCUGAUAGAUUGAUUUAGAGCAGUUUAGAGAGAGAAAGUUCAGUGAGGAAGAGUAGAAAUGUAGUGGUAAUUAGUGGUAAUUAUUUUCGGUAAAAUUGUGGGUGGAUAAGAACUGACCAGAGCAUGUAUUAUGAAGAGAGUUUUAUCAAAUAAUAUUCUCUUCUAUUUUAAACUGCACUUCCAUC